UCAGCAAGAAACAUGGGUAAUGAACCUGCCCAAGUGCAUGGAAGAAUGGCUCUGCUGCUAAACAGCAAGGUGAGAGAGAGCCAGGACUGCUCGACAAGGUUCAUCUUCAAGCACAGCAUAGCUGCCUUCAUCUGGUGCACCCAAAGCAGAAGAAAUGGCAGAAGACAGUGAGCUGCAAACUGUGAAAGAAGCCCAAGCUGGAGAUGAUCCCCCCAAAGAUUUCCCUGUUCAGAAAAAAUCUCCGAAACUCUGUGGUUCCAACUAUCCCCUGAGCAUUGCCUUCAUUGUGGUGAACGAGUUCUGCGAGCGCUUCUCCUAUUAUGGCAUGAGAGCUGUCCUGACGCUGUAUUUCAUAAGCUUCUUCCACUGGGAUGAGAAUCUGUCCACUGCUGUGUACCAUGCCUUUUCUGCUCUCUGUUAUUUCACACCUGUCAUUGGAGCUAUCAUGGCAGACUCGUGGUUGGGGAAAUACAAGACAAUCAUCUACCUCUCCAUUGUGUAUGUGGUCGGCCAUCUGAUAAAGUCAGUCGGUGCCAUUCCAUCCCUAGGCAACCAGGCAGUUCAUGUGGUCCUGUCUAUGGUUGGUCUGUUUUUGAUCGCCCUUGGAACGGGAGGUAUCAAGCCCUGUGUCUCUGCAUUUGGUGGGGACCAGUUUGAAGAGGAACAUACCUCUGAGAGAAGCAAGUUUUUUUCCGUCUUCUAUUUAUCCAUUAAUGCUGGAAGUUUGAUCUCCACGUUUGUAACGCCUGUAUUAAGAGGGGAUGUGAAAUGUUUUGGAGAGGAUUGUUAUGCACUGGCUUUUGGUGUCCCAGCAGCACUGAUGGUGCUGGCACUUGUUGUGUUUAUAGCUGGAAGCGGACUGUACAGAAAAACGCCACCACAAGGAAACGUCUUACUUGAAGUGUGCAAAUGCAUUGGAUUUGCUAUUAAAAACAGGCUGAAAAAUCGCUCCCGUCAGAUUCCAAGGAGAGAUCACUGGCUUGACUGGGCAUCAGAACAGUACUCGAAACAACUGAUUGCGGAGGUUAAAAUGGUGACACGCGUUCUCUUUCUCUUCUUACCACUGCCAAUGUUCUGGGCCCUGUUUGAUCAGCAGGGAUCCAGGUGGACUUUGCAAGCUACAAAGAUGAACGCUGACUUUGGAAUAUAUGUCCUUCAGCCUGACCAAAUGCAGUUCUUAAAUCCACUUCUAAUUCUUGUCUUCAUCCCGAUUUUUGACCUUGGGCUCUAUCCUCUGAUAAACAUGUGCAAAUUUAAUUUCACACCUAUUAGGAAAAUGGCAACAGGUAUGAUCCUUGCAGGGAUGGCAUUUGGACUAGCAGCCAUUGUAGAAGUCAAAAUAAAUGAAACCGAUAUGCCUCAACUCGUCCCAAAAGAAAGUUUAAUUCAGGUCCUGAAUUUGGCAAAGAACCCAGUUCAAGUGACAAUCCAAGACCAGAACCUAUUUCAGCAGCCAGUGGAGGCUUUCCAGAACCCGGAUGAGUACUCACAUUUAAUACUGAAUGGAGAGCAACAGAGCCUUCACUUCAUCCUGCAACAUCAAGGAUCGUCUCUUGCUUUUAACUACACCGUGAAGGAAAAAUCAGUGUACAGUUUAAUUGUUUUUGAGGCGGAAGGAAGCCUAUCAAGUCACUUAAUCACAGACUUGAAAACAAAGCCAGAAAAUGGUUUGGCAGCAGUUAGAUUCAUUAACAGUUUGAGCCAAGAUGUCAACCUCACCAUUGACAGCAAACAGUUCAUAUCUGUUCAGAGAAACUGUGGUGUUUCUGGGUACUCGCUUGUAGAGAGGGACACAUAUGAUAAUGGAAAAUGCAUAACUGAAACUGGGGAAUUCACCCUGGACCUAGGGCUGCUUGACUUUGGUGCAUCGUACACUGUUGUGAUAACUAAUGUGUCUGCAGGUGCGGUUCAGACAUGGAAGUCAGAAGACAUCAAAGCCAACAGUGUCCAUAUGGCUUGGCAAUUACCACAAUACUUAUUAAUAUCUGCUGGAGAAGUGAUGUUCUCCAUUACGGGUCUGGCCUUCUCCUAUUCUCAGUCUCCAGCCAGCAUGAAGUCAGUGCUGCAAGCAGGCUGGCUGCUCACAGUGGCUGUUGGGAAUACCCUUGUGCUUGUUGUUGCCCAGGCUGCACCUAUGGCGCAGUGGGCUGAAUUUGUCUUGUUCACUGUUCUACUCUUUGCUGUGUGCAUUAUUUUCUCCAUCAUGGGAUAUUUCUAUGUCAGUGUGGAUCCAGAGGACCUAGAAGAAAAGGAAGAGAAGAAAGAGACCUCAAAUAGAGGAAACAUGAUUAGUCUUGUUACUCAGAAAACAAAGCUCUAACACAUUAUGGGUUGGGAUCUUUUUUAGUUUCUAUCUUUCUUUCUUUGUUUUCCACUCUUCCUCUCUUUCUCGCUCUUUCUCUUUCUUUUUCUCUCUAUUUCUCUCUCUCUUUCUUUCUCUCUUUUUUUUUAUUUUUAUUUUUUUAAUAAUUUUUAACUCAGUAGAUGGUAAGGAAGAAUGGAGACGAUGUUAUUUUAUAAUACUGUGGUUUUUAUUACUCAGAAUGUAGCUGCCAUCUAAGUGGGACAAAAUAGCCCUCUAAAAAACAGUAGGGGGUCCUGAAAUCUGAACAAAAUUCCCUGGGAAAAGUCCUGUGGUAUUGAAUUCCCAUGUAAGUGAAGUCAAUGGAAUUUAGAACCUGCCCUUCUUUCUAAGCAAGGAAUGCUUUCCUAUGAUUUUCUUUUAAGUAUAUAUUUAGGGCAGCAGAGAGGAAGGGUGGAGGGCAUGCCAGCAAAAGGUAGAGAUGCUUGGAGAAAAGGAUAAAAAAUCCCAUGUGGGAUCAGCGAAGAAUAGAUGCUACAGAUGGAAGACUUUUUUUGUUGUUUUUGUUAUUUUUUUACUGCAAUCAUCAAAGACUGGAAGAGUUACAAUCCCCCAAAAUUACAUCGUGUAACUCUCUUUAUGAGUAUUUCACCCCAUUACUGCAAAUUAUGUUUGGUCCUGAUUUAUGACUUUCACCUCCGGGCCCAGAAGUAAUAACAGGGAAUUAAAUGCUGCAGGCUAAACUAUUCCCAAAGCACCACUGAACAAGAUAUGCAUUCUACCAUCUCUCUGAUAUACGGUACUUCUUAGAAGUCUGCAGCAACUGAUAGCAUUCUUUGAUUAGACAUGAUUAGAGAAUUGGUUUACAUUUUUGUACUUUAGGAAUCCAAGCUGUUACUUGUAGUCUUUCUGUAUAUAAAGUCUAUAUUGGACAUUUCCUUUAACAGUUCCUGCCGCUGCAAGUUUAGGGUAUGGCUGUUUUCUCAUCUCAUGCUUCAGUUAUUCUCCACUGGGAGACACACUGCAGCAGUUUCUAUAAAAUUCCAGGCAUCCUACAGUGACUUAAACAAGGAAGCACUUUACCAUCUUUUUUCAAUCUACAAAAGGAUACUGUGGCAUAUGAGAUUUUUCUUUUCCUACCUGAUUUCUGUCUCUCUACCCAUGUAGGUAUGUAGGUAUUUUAGCAGAAUUGUGAGAAUUAUCUGAUUUUUUUUUUUCUUGCUUGCAUGAAGCUGUGAAUUUUCUUGUUCUGCAUUCAAACUGUUUCAACCAUUGCCAAUCUAGUAAAACUCCUUGGACAGUCCCUGCCUUCCUCUGUCACUCCAAGGCUGCAGCUGUGACAAGUGUGGCCUAAUUUACAAAAAGGCUGUCAAUAGGGUCUUCAGGUUCCCAGAGAAUAGACUUUUAAUGAUGCUUUCCUCUUCCAACUUGGCAUUGAACAUAUUAUGAAAUACUUGCUUGGUUUCCACCCUGAAUGGGACUGUGCUAAGGAGUAUGCUUAGCUUGACAUCACUGGUGCUUUAAUUUGCUGCCACUUGUGUAUUGUUGAAUAAGACUGAGACAGCGUCACUUUUUGGUUUCUAACUGGAA